AUGCCACCCUGCAUGUCUGUGAACUUGUUGCGGAAAGCCUAUGCCCGUGAACAAGGUCUCGGCCUUGGCAUGGUGAUAACCAUGCUGCAAGUCCUCAUCAGCAUGUACUUCGAGCGGUACCGUGGUGCCGCCAACGGCAUCAUGUACGCCGGCUCCACUGCCUCUGCGUUCAUCUUCUCCCAUCUGCUGCUGUACUUUAGAGAAACCUAUGGCUUCCAAGGCAGCCUGCUGCUGUUUGGUGGCAUUCUCAUGAACUUGGUCGCCUUGAGUCUCGCCUUCCAGGAGUCACCUUGGAUUAGGAGGGACAGAAACGCGGAUAUAAAGGGCUUACAGGGGUCAAGGAAGCCAUCGAUAUUCACAGUGGGCUCAAAGCAUGGCACAAAAAAGAUGUCCGCCACCGAGGUAGUUCUAAGAAAUAUUCGUGGAGUUCUCAAGUGCACCAUGCUGCACGUUCUCGCGAUCACGUGGCUAGCGUUCUGCUACAACUACGACAUUUUCUUCUCCACGAUCGUGGACUUUGCCAUGGACAAGGGGAUGCCCCUAGAGGACACCUUAUCUUUCAUCACCUACACGUCUAUCACGGAUCUCGUGGGAAGGGUUGUCCUUCCUAUUUUUACUGACCGUGGGCUGCUGCAGCGCUCCACGUUAAUGAUAUUGAACUACUUUCUUCUGGGCUUGUGCACUAUAUAA